UUCAAGGCGAAGUCAGCCGAGUGUGUCUUCAAGCUUGCAGACUUCCUCACGCACAUCCUCCUUCCUCGAAAACACACUUUUAUCAUCUUUUUAAUGCAAUUCUCUCCUCAUCGACGUCUGCUGGCUUUGCUACGACGUGCGACACUGCGGAAGUGAAACCACGAGUGGCCACCACAGGAAUCUGUCUUUUCCCCCCACUGCUGUACACUAUUUUGUCUGUGUGUUGCUCCGAUUUUCCAUUCCUCUAGCAAACCAUGUACCGCAUAGUUAGAAACUUGUUUUUUACUGACUGCCAGUGUGCAGAUAAUGCGUCCAAAAUGUACGAGGACCUCUUCGCCAAACUGGACACAAACAAGGAUGGAAAAGUGGAUGUUUCCGAACUGAAGGCGGGCCUGGCUGCAAUGGGCAUCCGUACUGGGAAAGGAGCAGCUCAGAAAAUAGUUUCCUCUGGAGACCAGAACCAAGAUGAAGGGCUUGACUUCAACGAGUUCUCCAAGUACCUGAUGGAACAUGAGAAGAAGCUGCAACUAACGUUCAAGAGCUUGGACAAAAACAAUGACGGCCAAAUAGACUCUAUGGAGAUCAGGCAGUCACUUGCAGAUCUUGGGAUGGACAUCAGCAAGGAAGAGGCAGAGAAGAUCCUCCAGAGUAUUGAUGGAGACGGCACCAUGACUGUGGACUGGAAUGAAUGGAGGAAACAUUUCCUGUUGAACACAGCCACCAACCUGCAGGAGAUUGUCCGUUAUUGGAAACACACCACGGUGCUGGACAUUGGGGACAGCCUCACCAUCCCAGAUGAGUUUACAGAAGAGGAGAAGACCACAGGUCUGUGGUGGAAGCAACUGUCUGCGGGGGCCAUGGCAGGUGCAGUGUCUCGCACAGGUACCGCCCCCCUGGACAGAAUGAAGGUCUUUAUGCAGGUCCAUGCCUCCAAGAACAACAAAAUCAGCCUGGCCAGUGGUUUCAAACAGAUGUUGAAAGAAGGAGGCUUGGCGUCUUUAUGGCGAGGGAAUGGUAUUAAUGUGCUAAAGAUUGCCCCAGAGACAGCCAUUAAAUUCAUGGCAUAUGAGAAGUAUAAGAAGAUGCUGUCCAGUGAACCAGGGAAGAUCAAGACACACGAAAGGUUCAUUGCAGGAUCGCUGGCUGGAGCAACAGCACAAACAGCCAUCUACCCCAUGGAGGUGAUGAAGACAAGGUUAACCCUGAGGAAGACAGGACAAUACUCAGGAAUGUUUGACUGUGGCAAGAAAAUCCUGAAAAAGGAAGGAGUGAAGGCAUUCUACAAGGGCUACGUUCCUAAUAUUCUGGGCAUCAUUCCAUAUGCUGGGAUAGAUCUGGCUGUGUAUGAGAGCUUGAAGAACCUCUGGUUGUCCCGCUACGCCAAAGACUCAGCCAACCCUGGUGUGCUGGUACUGCUGGGUUGCGGUACCAUCUCUAGUACGUGUGGCCAACUGGCCAGCUACCCCCUGGCUCUGGUCCGCACCAGGAUGCAGGCGCAAGCUUCUCUCGAAGGUGCGGAGCAGCUGCAGAUGAACCAGAUGGUGAAGAAGAUUCUGGAGAAAGAAGGAUUCUUUGGACUUUACCGUGGCAUCUUGCCCAAUUUCAUGAAGGUGCUGCCAGCUGUCAGCAUCAGCUAUGUGGUAUAUGAAUACAUGCGGUCUGGCCUGGGUAUACAGAAGUAGGACAAACUAUGCGCUAUGCAGUUAUUGUCCACGUUUCUGUCCACACAAUAUAGCAUGUAAAAAUGAGUACACGUAGCCAACAUAACGUCCCCUACAUUCGGCUCUUGCAGAAAAUACUGACAAUACGGGGUUUGAAUGAACGUUGGGGACGGAAAAUUGAGACAUUACAAGUAGUUCACUGAAGAUUUUGAGUCAACUAUUGUUGAUGCAAAUGGGGCAAAUGUUUACAAACUCUUGAUGGAGACCAUAAACUAAUUUCAGUACAACAGGUAUAUCAUAAAAAAAAUUAUUUCAUUUUGGAAUGGCUUGUUUCAAGCAGAAGUGCUGCCUCCUUAUGGUGAUUAAAAUGAAUGCCAGGUUAAGACACUUAACUGUUAUUGCCACCUCUUUUUAUACCGAUUAUUUAAAAAUAUUUGCACUUGCCUAAAGUUUAAUAGAAAUUAGUGAAAGAAAGCAUUUUAAGAAAUUAAUUUAGCUUAAAGGGGACCUGUUGUUAUACAAAUUUGGGGGCCUUUGUAUUGCGUUCUGGACUCCUAUAGAGCAGCUACACACGAUAACCCGCACAGAAAGCGUUCUAGAUCAUCCAGACUCUGCAUCUCUUCUUGCAGUGUUUCCUUGGGUUUCCUGCCUCCCGCACAAACGGGGUAAUUUACACCACCCCAGCCCUCCUCCAGGUACGCCUCCCGCCAAGCCCACUCCGCUGUGAUUGGUCACACUCCCUCCGCUCCCUGUAUGCACUCUAUAAUGCUACACAGACAACCGCUUUUGUUCGAUCACUUAGACAAAAUAAACACUGGACACUGAUAAAUUGUUACUUACAGCUUACUCUUCUCAGUCUUCAACACGACCAAGUAACGUUGGAAAGGCGUCGGACUUCAGCAACAGUUUGGCGGAUAGUCCAGCUUCAUAUUGGCCCAUGUUCACAAAACAGUCCCAUGUGAAAUGCCGUUGACAGAUGAUCAUAUUUUUCUCUUGCUGGCCGGGAAUCAGCAACUCCAACCACUUCUGCCUGAUGCUUGCCUCAUUAGGAACACCUGAACAAAUAUUUCCUGGGAGCACGGUGAACAGAGCAGAGCGAAGCAGAGCGGGGUGAGGGCAGGCCUACAGCAUUUAGCAUAUAAGGGAGUCCAGGAUGCGUUGGCGUCAGUGGAACUCGGUGUUAAAAACAACUCUGUAAAACACAGCGUGCAGAGCCAUCCAAAACUACUUUCAGAUCUCACUUCCAAAUGCGCAAACCUCAUUUUCUGACGCGUUAGCAUCGUUCAACGCGACCAUACAACAUUGUACUGUAACAACAUUUACAGGUCAGAAAAGUGAAAAAGCAUAAUAGGUCCCCUUUAAGUUUCACAUUUGAAUUAUUUCCAAUAGUUCACAUCAGUUUUCAUUGAAAUCAAAACUACACAUUAGAUAUGCAGAGACUUAAUUUAGCGUCUUUGAUUACAUUAUGGUCCUAUUUUUUUCACCUUUUUUUAAAGCCAUGUUUUGUCUAAUCGUUGAGCAAAAAGCACCUUACAUUCCAAAGCAAGCCAUGACCUGACAAAGGUACUUUUUCAAUGUUACCAAAGUAGCACUAGAAGCAAAAGAUGUCUUGUCUACUCUCCUCUCAAUUUUAAUCUCCCAAAAUACUGUGUAAAAUGUUUUUGUGUACCUUGCACCAGAAAGCGGCAUCUACUCCGUGUCGCUUUGUCAUCAUCUUCCACAAGGGCUUUUUAUAAAAUCACCAAACCCUCUCAAUGAAGCUGGUCAAUGUGGAGGCAUGUGCCUUACAUGUUUGCCUUUCUCUCCCUUAUUUAGAUGCUGGAGUUUCCGUUAAUAAAGACA